GUCGACAACGACGCUUAUUACCGGAAAUCAUCGCCGGCUGCAGCAGCCCCCACCGGAAAAAAGAUCAUCAUCAAGAAUGCUGACAUGAAAGAUGACAUGCAAAAAGAAGCUAUUGAUAUAGCCAUCGCAGCAUUUGACAAGAAUUAUGUAGAGAAGGAUGUAGCAGAGCAUAUAAAGAAGGAGUUUGAUAAGAAGCAUGGACCCACUUGGCAUUGCAUUGUUGGCCGCAAUUUCGGUAACCCAUUUUCACCCUCUUGGCUAUGUCUCCAUUUGGGAUUGAUGUUGUUUCGUUUGUUUUUUGAGGUUUGA